UGAAGACAAACUGCGCGUUGGAAGCAAGAUGGACGCAAACUUCUGACUUUCUGUUUCUUUUUCGUUUCGCUUUGACUCGCGCGAGCUUCACUCCUAGAAACCGAAGGCAGUAGAAAGCGCGCGCUGUCGAGUGAAUCCGAAUAUCGGCUAUAAUUUCAAUUCGGUUUAAAACGACCGUUUAGUUCAAACCGACUCGCUGGCAGUCGUUCGUUUUCACAGCCCAGCCUUUGCUGUCUUUAUGUGGAUUCGCUUCCUGGUUGCAACACAGUCACACAGUACAAUUCAAGUCCUCCAAAACGCAGCUCAACCUGAGAGACUAGUCGUAGACAUUAAUAAUUCUCUUUAGACCUUCCAGCGAACAUUUCACGAAGAUUUGACUGAAAAUAUAGUAUCGUUUUACUCGGUCGGCAGGAAUGUCGUGAACCGCCGAGGAUUAGAAAUAUCUAAAAUAUCGAGUGCAAAGCGAAAACCUGUGAUCUAUGCCUCGUCUUCAUGGAGAAUGAGACUAAACGACCAACAGAAGGUCUCCUAGAGCCUGUUCAUCAAGGCUCAGUAACCUUUAACGAAAGUAUUCUAGCUCCACUUCAUAGCAACUAUUUGUAUAAAGAAUCAAAAGAAUUUUUUACAUACAACUCAGCCCAUUUGAUCAACAAUCCUGCUUUACAACAACGGUAUGCUGCAUUUCGUUCUGAGAAACAGGAAAAAGGAUACUCUGAACAGGAACUUGAAGAGUCAUUUGGCUUCCUGUUGCUUGAUGAUAUUAACAGGGCAAGGAAAGUUGGUGAAGCAGGCUUGUUGGUUGGACGAGCGAAAUGCACUACCCUUGGAGAUUCCUUGAAAGGUGUCUACAUUUCAAAAUACUCUGACUGCCUUGACCUGAAACGAUGGUAUGAUGGCAAGACUGGCUACAUAGUGCUUUUGAAGCUCACCAAGGGCAAAGUGAAAGAGGUUAAAGACAACUAUACCCAGAAUUUCACUCCUCCAACACCUGGCUUUGACUGCCAUGUAUCAGAGCAGCUCGGUGCUAUAUCUUCAACUACCAGUUCUUUCUUGGCGUUUGAGCGAACACAGUACUACUUCUAUGAGCUCUGUAGUGGAAGCAGCGAAACAGAAGCCUGUCCAAGACAUGCGUGUCCUUUUGCUAUUGUAGCAUUUUCUUAUGGGAAGAUGAGCACCUCUUCGGAGUUGGAGCAAAAAAGCCAAGACAAAACAGUGUUUCAUUACAAACCAUGGAUUGGCCAAUUCAAGAUUGAAUCCAAUGUUUAUGAUGUUGGCCUUCAGUCCACAAGCGGAGCCUGGUUUCCUACAAAACUCCCCAAGACAGUCAAGAUUGACCACGCAAUUGGUGUGUCUGAACUCAAGAGGACCUUGCCGCGAGAAAUCUUUGAAACUUGCAUUGUGGGUGAAGUUUGCAUAGGUGGCAGAUGUUUCAACUUGUAUGACGUUGUGUCCUCUAAGGCGAAAAAUGAUCUUGCCCAAAUAGCCCAAGAGCUGAAGGAAAAAGAUAUGGCUCUUGUAAUACCACUGGAAGAUUCUGGGUUCCUUAUUUUGCUACACUCUUCACACCUUUUCUCUUUUGAAGAUGCAAAGUCGGGUAAAGCAGAAGCACUUCAAGGCAUGUUUAUUUUCCCAGACUCAAGAACUGUACCAAGAGAUACCAAGACUGGUUUGCAAAACACUAAGGUGUCAACAGAAAUGAUGCAAGUCAUUCCAGCACUUAACUAUGCAGAAACGGAGAUAGAAAAAUCUACUCAAAACCAGCAUGGGGCUUCUCAGGCUUCUUUAGAAAAGCAUUUACAAGACUAUGGUACUCUUUUUCACACAGAACCAUUGGACAUUCCCACCAGAGAAGCCAGUAUGUUUCCAGACCAAUAUGAUGUGCCUGGUGGUUUUACUCUAAUAUCGCCUAAAUGGACAAAGGAAACAGGCACUCGAUUAAAAUCAUAUUUUGAUGAGCCUUGUGGCUUUACGAUUCCUGUAGUGAGGGCACUGGAGUUACUCACGACAGGUCGAAAGCAGCGUGGAGAUGAUCAUGAUGAUGAUGAUGUUUAUUACUAUAUAUCAUCACCUGAGGAGAUGCCACAGACUGAUGCCUCCAUUGAAACGGAGAUGACAAAACUAACAGAGGCUACCAGUGAUGCUUCUGACAGGAUCAAUGAAAUACUUGAUAGAGAAAAAGAUGAGCACGCUCAUUUGUCUACAGAACAACUUCAACCCGCUGUGUCAGAGAGGCUUGGGAAACUGGGAACGGCUGUAGUUACGGCCGACAGUGUGUUGGAGUAUCCAACUUCCACGGUGUCACCCAAGUUGGGUGACGUCCCUACAGAAAAUUCUGUAAGUAUUGACACCAAUGUUGAGAAAAUAUCUCAAGGCAGUAAUAAAGGAGAUGCUGAUGGAGUUUGUGUAGAUUUAUCCACAAAAGAGACUCCCAUACAGAAUAGAAGUACACCAUUAAUCACAUCAGCAGCAGAAGGUGAUACUGCUGUAGGUGAGGCAAUGGAGGAUGGUAAACAUACAGAGAAAACAAUGGCUGAUCCUAAAAAGAAAGUAAAUCGCAGACCAUAUUCAGUGCGUAAAGUGAACUCCACUGAAGUCCCUACAAAAGACAAGACUCAGACUGAGACUCUGCAUGCUGAUGACACCAAUCAGAAACCACAUUCAACUAGAAGCGGGAAGGGAUACAGGCCAGAUUUUGUGAAACAAAACAUCAGUAAAGCCAGAAAGGACAAGAGCCAGGAACCUUUAUUAAAUGUGUCAACUGAAUCAGUAAGUGAUCAGAGUAUGAAAGAUGAGACAAGUCUUUCAAGAAAUGACUGGCGGUCUCUUCCAAGGCGUAAAAGAUUGUGGAGUCCUGAUGCCAGUCUGAAACGUUCUUUAAGAUCAAAUACUGUAAAGAAUGAAAAUGAGUCUAUAGCAGACCUUCACCAUGAUGACACAAAGCGAAGUCUGCCUAGUGUUCCAAAGAGGAAGAUGGAGGGAUGUAACUUGAGGGAACGAUAUGGUCUAAAGACCAUAAUCACAAACUGUGGCAGAGUCUUUGUCCCGCAUGGUUCAGAUGUUGACGGAGAGUCUGCAAACAAAAGGCAAAAUGAUAAAAUGCAAGAUAAAAAUGACUCAAACCCUAAAACAGUUUCUCCUGUGGAGAACAAAUCCAUAGAAUUGGUGGAAAGUAAGGGAGAAUCUGCCUCAUCUGAGAAGGUAGAAUUUCCCUCUAAAGAUCCAGUGGUCAAUGAUGAUGAAGACCCAAAGGACAGCCCUUCAACUGAAAUGCCAAGUGCUCUCUUGUCAGCAUUAAAGAUUUUGAGAAAACUUCACCAAAACAACCCAUUAGAACUUGACAAAAGUCAAAAUUUAUUUCCAGAAAAAUCUAUGAAUACUACAUCAAAUGAGACCAUAGGCCUCCAACAAACAAAUAAAGACAAUCCUGUUGCUGUUCAAGCAGAUGCUACCUCCAGUCCUCCCAAAGUUUCGGAACAAUCCAAGGACUCAGAUCCUAAAGUUUCCUCCCCUGACAAAAACAAGAAGAAAACAAAACAUAGUGUGUACAGUGCAAUAUCUAUAAGCAAAUUAAAAACUGUACUCCGAAGGGGAAAGAAGGUGAAAUCUCCUUCCCCCAGUGAUGGUGCAAAGUCUGAAGCAGAUAACCCAGAGUCAAAAAGGCAAAAGUUGAACCCUUCCAUGGGUCUUAUGUAUGAAAUUACCAAGAAUAAGUUGAAAGACAAAAUAUCACAACCCAGAAAUAAUGAGGCACAACAUACGCCAAUAAAAACUGUGGACAUAACCAAACAACCAGUGUCUUGGAGAGGUCUUAUUUCCAAGACCCAAAAAGAAAAUGGGUCCCUCAAUUUUGACCCAUCAGCAUCUUUUGAAAUAGCUAAACACACUGACCAGCAGCUCAUAUCAUCGCUUAUUGGGGAUAGGGUGGGAAGGAGAAGAAUUAGCAUUGAUGGCAAAGCCAGCACAGAGAGACUGAGCACAGGUCCAUCUCUGCCCUCAGAUGCUUUGAGUUUACUGGCUGACUUGGCUCUUGGUGCAAGUAAUGAUAAAAUGUUAACAAACCUAGAAGCCAAACCUGGCCUGGAAGACAUUGAUGUAGUCAAGGCUAGUGGCUCCCCUGAGUCAGUCCUUCAUGCCCUGCUUCGUUGUCCAUCUGCCAGGUUUAAGUUACCCCCCAGGUCUCCUUUUCCAGAAAGUCUGUUAGCGACCGGGGAACUAAUUUUGGAAAUCUCAAAAGAGCAUUCUUACUCACAGUCCACCUCUUCGCUGUCAGGUCCAUCAUCUCAGGUUUCUUCGCUGUCUGGAUGCGUAGAAUCACCUCUUUCAUUGAAAAGUGGGCUUCUUCUUAACUUGCCCAAAGAUAGCAUGGUCCCAUUUCAUCAAGAGGACAGAGGCAAAACGGAGUGGAAGCAUCUGAUUUCUCCAAAUAAGCCAGUGCCAUCGAUCUUCAAGACAAAAACUAGACGACCAAAAAUUUUACGCAACAGAUGCAUAAUUGAAAAAGAAGGAAAGAUUGAAGUGAUGAGGACUUGGAAAGAAGCCUAUGAUUUCAAAUAUGAUAGCAAGUUCACCAAUGACAGUUUAGACAAAACUGUCUCACGAGCACUUCAUGGGAAAUGGAACUUCAAUAUUGAAGACACCUUUGAGGAUGUUCAUCUCAUUUUUCACAUGUGGAUUGGUCUUUUCUAUAGUAAAUCCACCUCCAGAUUAUUUCACCUUGAAAAUAGUACUAUACUUCCAAAGGGGAAGGAUAUUGAAAAGGUCCAUCUGGAUAAAAAUGCCAUUCAGAGUGCUGUGUCAUUGCUCAAUGUUGAGUUGAACACGAAAGAAGGCUCGUCCAAGCCUGUACAUGUGUCAUCAGGGGUUUUGGAUCUGUCUGUGAAAAACGGUGAACAUGUGACUCCCUGUUCGGUCUCAACUCGAAGCACAACAAAGGACACCGCAUCAGAACCUGUGGGAAUAUUAUCUAAAAAACAUGAAACGCCACCAAGACAUUCAUCUUCUGGGACAAGUGGCUCCCCAAGUCGAGUUAAAGCCUUGAUGAAUUACAGAUCGGCUGUUGACACACCACAGGAAAAGUCAGUGCCUGACAGUGACACGGACACUGAUGAAGAAAAUGAUCUCGCCAGUGACCACUCCUAUUCUCAGAUUAUGGAAGCAAACAGUGCAUACACCCAGUUGUGUGAUCAAGCAUCAAAUAUGAGAAUAGGUAUCCGGAUACAUCUGCCAAAGAUCAGAAGUAUUUCAAAUAAUACAGCAUCCACUCCUGAUCCUAAAAAAAUCUGCGUCUUCCAUCAAAUACUUAAACCGGCAGAAUUCUCAAGUCCGAGUCGGCUGAUUUUGGGACAGAAACAUUUUGAUUUGAGUUUAAAUAACAAAACUUGCCAUGCAACACACCAAAAGAAAGAUGUGUCUGACAGUUCAGACAGUAAAGGGAUUUUAAAAUCACAUGGAAUGAAAGAAGGUUGCCCAGAAAAUGUGGCUGACAGAAAUCAUGACAAAACUUUGGAAUUUAGUACUGGAGAUGCAGCAUCUGUUUCUAUACAAAAACAGAGUCUAUCUGUAACUGAAGAGAGUAAAAAGGUCUCCAAUAAAGAUAGCCUAAAUGGACCUCUGAAAAUUGUGGAAAUCAUGACUUCUGAAAUGCCUAACAAAAUUCAGACUACUGCUACAAAGCAUAAUGAGACUGCACAAGAUCUCAAACCUAUACAAGAUCUCAAAGGUCAUAUAUAUAAGGUUGAUGACCUGAGAGAUGAUUCAUCACUUGAGACUAGCGUUGAAGAGCAUAAUGAGACAUCAGAUGCAAAUGAUGAGCUUGAUGACACAAAUGUUGAUGAGCUAAGUGAUAUUUCAUCAGAUGAGACGAGAGCUGAAGAACGUAUCGAGACUUCUGGUGCAAAGGAAGAUCUUAAACCUUUACCUGAUCAGAAUGAUCAUGCAAAUACAGAGGAUGACCAGAAAGUUGCUUUAUUAAAUGAGGCAAGUGUUGAAAAGCAUUUGCAAGAGAACACAAAUGCUGUUCACCAUGUUGAUGAGCAAAGAGAUAUUUCAUCAGAUGAGAUGAGAGCUGAAAAGCAUAAUGAGACUGCUAGUACAAAGGAAGAUCUUAAACAUGUGCAUGAACAAAAUGAUCACACAAAUACGGAUGAUGAUCUGAAUGAUAGCUCAACACAUGAGAUUAUUGUUAAAGAGCUUAAGGAAACUUCUAAUGCAAAGGAAGAUCUUAAACCUGUGCAUGAACAGAAUGAUCACACAAAUAUGGAUGAUGAUCUGAAUGAUAGCUCAACACAUGAGAUUAUUGUUGAAGAGCUUAAGGAAACUUCUAAUGCAAAGGAAGAUCUUAAACCUGUGCAUGAACAGAAUGAUCACACAAAUACGGAUGAUGAUCUGAAUGAUGGCUCAACACAUGAGAUUAUUGUUGAAGAGCUUAAGGAAACUUCUAAUGCAAAGGAAGACCUUAAACCUGUGCAUGAUCUGAAGGAUCACGCAAAAACGGAUGAAGACCUGAAAGAUGCUUCAACACAUACGAUUACUGUUGAAGAGCAUAAGGAAACUUCUAGUGCAAAUGGAGAUCUGAAAGACAGUUCAACACAACAGAUUAUUAUUGAAGAGCAUAAGAAAACUUUUAAUGCAAAGGAAGAUCUUAAACCUUUGCAUAAUCUAAAAGAUCCCACAACUGUGGUUGAUGAGCUGAAAGAUGCUUCAUCAGAUGGGACUAAUGAUAAUAAUACCUCUAAUGAUCAAGAAGAUCUUUGUCUGAAAGUUCAGUCAAAUGCAGUUGACACAUCAUCUCAUGUGAUUGGUGAGAAUGAUACUGAAGAGCAUGUAGAAAAGAAAGAAGGUCAUACAGGUGAGGAAAUGAUGCAAGAAGAUAAGAUAAAGUCAAAGGAAAGGGUUAAAUUGAAUUGCAGUGAUACUGAACAUGAGACAUUCACAGCAAUGGCAGAACAUUCUGAUGAGUUUAUUUUGCGUCUGAAUGAUGACACAAACAGUGUUGAUAUGGAAUUCAGUGAUGAGGAUGAUUGUGAAAUGAGUGGUAAUAAUGAUAUGAAGAUGCAAAAGAGUGUAAAACAACCUAUGACACCAGAGAAGGCAAGCCUUGAAUAUAAUAUCCUUCAAGAAUUUGCUAAUGAUUCAUGCUCGGAUGAGGAUCAACCCAUGCUCACUCAAGGUAAACAAAACCCAGCUUCUACUAUUGAUCCUUUUAGUUUAAUAAAAGACCAACAUGAUUUCAAAACCCUUGAGCAGAACUUAGUGACCUCAAAGGAUGCUUUUGACACUUGUCAGUAUGAUUCAAAACCAACAAGUGCUAUUGAAACCACUAAAUUAGAUCUUAUUCUAUCAGAAACAGAGGACGAAGAAGAGUCUGGCCAACAAGAUGUACCUGAAGCCAGAAGGGAGGAAGAUACACUUGUUGAGAAGAUUGAGACACAAUCAACUCAGCAUUUGUCUCUCAAAACUGGUCCAUCACUCCCCAAAACAGGGACUGACUUUAGUAUUGAAAUGUUUGCUCCUCAAGAUUUGAAAAGUGACAAACCUUCAGAAUUAGAAAUAAACAGCACGUGCUCUACCCCUACUCAAGAUGAAAUUCGAGAAGUAUGUUAUCCAGAAGUAAACAAAGAGUUGAGGGAAGAUCUGGACAGAAAACUGUACUGUCCUGACAACACUGUAGCUCAUCACAUUGACAUGUUGCCACCUGAAAGUCCUGAAAGCUCCCAAACUUGUGUUUCUACCUCAAAGCCAUUAUCUAAUUUGAUGGGACAUCAUGAAGAAACCCAUCAUGAUGAACCAAGGUGGAAAAUGAGCAAAUUUUCUGAAGCAGAGGAUUUUAAGGAUAAAUCUGUUUUAACUACUGAGGAUUCGUCCAGUGAGGACUCUUUCCAGUUAAGGCACAAAUUCUGUCCCACCUACCAUGAAAAAGAUAAGAAAUAUGACUUCCGACAAGGUGCAUCUCAAAAUGAUUCAGAAUUAUUUUAUGGUCAUGAUGACGUAGAUGAUUUUUAUGAAUAUUACCAUGGAACUGAUGAAGGUUUACAAUGGUAUUAUUACCAAACAGAGGAACCAGUUGUUCAUCCACGUGAAAGCGACUUCUGUGGUGACUAUGAGCUACCCACUUGUUCAAAGCAAGUUGCAUCUGAAAGUGAGUAUUUCUACAAGCACAAAAAGCGUGCAAGGAAGGAGAUGGAUGAGUAUUGUUGGGAACAAAAUUACAAAACAGAGCCCAAAUAUCCAAUAAAGGUUACUUGUACUACUGACUAUGCAAAAAAGAAAAAGUCUAGAAAGAGUGAAUUUCGUCAAAAUUCUGAAUGGGACGAUGAUGACACUUCCAGCAGUUUUGUAGACUACAGCAUCCAAAAAAUAUCGAGCUCUGAAACUCAUCGAUCAGUGCCAACUAGAGUCAUGGUUAGUUCUCAUCCGUCUUCCAGUAAGCAACAAUUUGACUGGCGGAAGUAUUUCAGAAGGGAGGCGACUUCCAGUCAGCUAUUAGAUGCAUGUGAGAGGGAUAACAAAUUUGACGUUCCACCCUCAUCCAUUGUCACCAUUUUAGAUAGGAAAGGAUACCGCGUAACAUUCAGUAACUCUCCCACAGCAAAACCGUCUUUUGCUGCCGUCAGUGGAAGUAGUUCAAAUAAAAGUUUUGAAGACUCUUUUAAUCGCUGGCAAGAACGACAGAGUAAGGCUGAUGGGACCCGGUCUACAGUUGAUUGUGAGUACCUCAUCUUCUCUGAUCAAAUGAAUCAGGUUCUUAGGGAUAGUAAGAGCCCUAUUAUUUCCACACCACGUUGUCGGUCAAACCCUGAACAGUGUGGCAUGACUGUUCAGUUUUCAAAUCUCAGUGAAAAUGAAAGCUCUGAUGAACUUAAAGCACAACCACCCCUUUCGGAUUUUAAACUGAAAGUGGACUUGUCUGAAAGGAAGGGAAUGAGGGAGUCUAUAAAAACCAGCAAACCACAUUUCCAAAAGCUGUUCUGUGGAAAACCCAAUGUGGAGGAGUUUGCCGGCAUUUCAGAAAUAACAGAGCAAUGCGCUGUUGCUUACAAGUCUAGGAUGAAAGAAGUCUGCAGUGGGAAGACACUUCCACGUCCAAUCAAGGCAUUCAAGAGGAAAUACAAUCGAGAGGGCACUGGCCAACAUCCUCGAUCUUCUGGUCGAUAUAAGAAAGAUGUUUUUGACAGUCCUCAAGAGAAUCUAAAGUCUGUUGUGAGGCAGGCAUCCAAGAAAAAGUACAGGUUCUAUAUACAUGUAACGUCAACAGAUACCUUCUUUGAAGAAACCAAGAACCUGAUGGAGAUUGAGGGCCACAUGCCAGUUGAGCCAGACAACUUCAACCUCGAUGGUGAUGAUCAGUGCCCUCUUCUAAUUAUACUGAGGAAUGAAGACAUUGCAGAACACAUAUGUGAGGUGCCUCAUUUACUGGAACUAAAGAAGUCGCCCAGUGUUCUGUUUGCUGGCAUCGACCGACCGGAUGACGUGGUGAACUGCACUCACCAAGAACUUUUUGCUAAAGGAGGCUUUAUAAUGUGUGAUGAACUGGCUAUUAACACACUCACUCUAGAUGACAUGAAGAAACUUGUGGGCAUCCUGGAGGAGUUAGACAAGCAAGGCAAAUGGAAAUGGUUUCUGCACUAUAGAGACAGCCGCAGGCUUCGGGAAAGCGCAAGGUCCAGUCCUGAGGCAAACAAGAAGCAACAGUUCAUCGAUUUUUGUCAGAAAGCUGGCGUAAUUGAGGUCUUGCCCUAUCAUGACUGUGAUGUAAUAUCACGGGAACGACCGGACUACUUCUUCUGUCUGACUCGUCUCCAGAUUCAAAACGCCUCUGUACGGUUUCCUGUGUUCAUUACAGAAACACCAACUGAAGCUUUUGGUACCAAUGGGAUUUUAAGCAUGAACAUUUACACAUUCUCACGAAUUCUUUCAAAUGAUACCUGUUCUGUGUCAUGAUCUGUGUUGUUGUUGUUGUUGUUUUUUUUUAAUCAAAUCAAAUUUCUUACCAUUGGUAAGUACACCUUUGUUCAUAAAAAAUAAUUUAUUGUUUAACCAUAUAUCUUUGCUGCACAUGUCAUUUCCCACAAUCGAUAAGCUUUCCAGUGAGAGCUUUACUGUUUGUAAUAAACUAAAAAUGUAUAAACGUAGGUCAUGGAAAUAUUUUAAAAAGUUUUAACCUAACUUUGCUUUUUAUAGAUGAAAUUGACUGAAACUCUAAUAAAUGACCUGAUUUAGUAUUCAUUGUUGUUCAUCUUUCUGCUUUGUGAAACAUUCAGUAUUGUUUUAGCUGUUGGAUCUAUUGUGUUGUUUAUUUGUAGUGUUUUCACAUUGCAUCUGUGUACAAACUUUAAAUAUAAUAUUUGUUUAGCAUGUAAUUUGUUAGAUAUGACUGGAACUUCUGCAUGAUUACUAUACAUUUGUUUCUCUAACAAGAUUUAAAUGCAGAUAAAAUUAUCCUGAUUGUUAUAUUUCACUAUACGAUUAUAAGCUGUUUAUUUUUUGGUCUGGUUUACACUAUUUUGUAAAAGUCUGUAAUAGUUCCACACUGUGUUUGAUAUAUUCUGACUUGCUGCUGUUUAAAAAAAGUUAAGCAUUACUGGAUGGAAAAGAAAUCAAAGUGAGCUACUACAUACUUUCCUACAGUUUAUAUAAGAGUUAUUUUUACAUAAAUUAGACGAGACCAUU